CAUGAGUGCUAGUUUGCUUUUACAGAUUUUGUGCUUUCAACUUGUUUUAGUUGUGGUUUCUUCAGAGUGUGACAGAACGAAGGGACCUCCGGGGCUGACAGGAUGCAUUCAUUCACCACUAUAUUCAAAGCACCAGGCCGCUGUUUGUUUACCAAAAAAGACGAUAACCUCUAUAACUAAACACGUGACAUGUCGGGAGGAAAAUACAGAGUUUUGCUGGUAUUUGUGUACUUCAGAACCCAGUUACGGGGGUCUGUCGGCAUGCCAAUGUGAUCCGAUUUAUCAUUUUGCAGAAAAGAAUUCAAUACUUGAUAAAAAAUGUUAUUUUCCAACAAAAGACUGCUCUUGGUAUUCAACAUGCUUGAGGAAGAAAAAUAACUGUCAAUCGAUUUCAGAAGCAGAGAAAGAAUGUAUUAGAUUGGAAAAAGCCUCUAAAAAAUUGUCUCUUUUAGGACAGAGUUGGGCAGACAGUGUGAAAUUAUGUAUACAGAGAAAUUUAAUUUACAUCCUAUAUCCACAAGUGUUAAGCGAAUGUGAGAAAAUGGAAUCAAUGAUACAUUGGUUGACUACCACAUGUUACUAUAAAGAAUUACAUUCUAAAUAUCGAUAUUGUGACUUGUCAUUUCCCGAUCGCUUCAAGCUUGAUGCACUAUCCAGCAUUACAAGUUUAGUGUCUUGCAAUUAUGAAAAUUUUGUACCUCACUGGGCGAAAUUACUUAUAUUCUACGUGAAUAAUAACACUGAAAAGGACAAGGACACACUGGCUAUUGAAAUUGGUGAAGCUCUGGCCAAGUCGUUUAGUUGGGAGGAAUCUGGCCUGUCCUACGAAUCAGUUGCUCCGGAAACGGUCAAUAAGGGCAAAUCCAUUACAAUUCGUAUCCACCUUUACUCGAAAACGAAAGAUAAUACCAAAACAAACAAUGCCAUUGAACAUUUGAAAAAUUAUGUUGAAAAUGGUAAAAUGGCGAUUCUGAUAUUGAAAGACAAUACGAUCGUUGACGUAAAGCACGUGAUAAGCUGCAUGACUAUUGGCUGUCAUUUACAAUACUUUUCUUAUCAGACAACUAGUGAUAGUCCAUGCAUUGAGAAAGGAGGCUGGUGUCAACAGAAACCAUUCUCGUGUGACCAUUGUGAAGGUACUAAGCAGUGCUGUUUACCCCAUGAAGAGUGCACUAACAUAGAGAUAAUAAAGAGGAAGGAUUGGGGAGCAAGCGAACCACAACGUAUAACUUAUUUAAAAGAUAAGAAUACACCCGUCAAGUAUUUUAUUAUCCAUCAUACGGAUACUGAUACAUGUAACAACAUUGAAUCAUGUAGCGCCAUACUCCAAGGUAUACAAAAGGAUCAUAUAGAAAACCCAGAGAAGAUUUACUAUGACAUAGGUUACAGCUUCCUCGUUGGAGGUGAUGGGAAAAUUUACGAAGGUCAAAGCUGGAGUCGAGAAGGUGCUCAUACCUUAGGGAAGAAUCACGUUGGAUUGGCUGUAUCAUUUAUUGGAAAUUUCUCUAAAAAGAAACCAAAGACGAUCGCAAUACAAGCAGUGAAGAAUUUGAUUCAAUGCGGUGUUGAUAAAGGCUAUAUAAAACCAGAUUAUGAACUUCUUGGACAUCGCGACCAAGAUCCAACUAACGAAUGUCCAGGAGAGAUGUUAUAUAAGGAAAUACAGAAGUGGGAUAAAUUUAGUGGAAAAAAAGCGUAACAAAAAUUAAAGUAUAAAUGGAGCUGCAAGUACUGUGUGAUUAUUAUUCUGUAACAUUCUAACGUCUUGAAACAAUCACCCCAUAGAGGAUGCUAAUUAACAGAACAAAACAAAUCAGAGGAGAAAGUUAGUCUCAAACAGUAGUCGCCAAAAGUACACAUUUUCUAAUAUUAUUUGUAUAAAUCACAACAUUAUUACAAAUAUUUUCCUGAGAUCCUUUUUACUUGAAAAAUCAAGGAAUGAUGCAAACUGUAGAAAAAUAUGUUUUCAAGUUGUCGUAUCUAUAUUACGGAGAGCAGUCAAUAAGAUCUGAAUGUAACAAAAAUGUAUAUAGGUGAUUAAUCAAGUAGUAUCUAUACCUGUCUGAUCGAUAGCCAUUUAUACCGCCACGCAAAUAAUGCAAAUAUUUACUUUCUUAAUUACUGUAGAAACAAAUUUUCCUUGGAUGAAAUCUACAGUGAUUUCAUGGGUAUUUUAUUUCAGAUAUCAUUUAUUUCAAAUUCACUAUAUUAAAUAUACAUCCAUAAAAAAUCGUUUGGGAUUUAAUUUUCUUUAAUAAUUGUUUAGAACGAAAUCAAAGAAAUUUAAUCCCCAAGGAAUAUUUGUACAAUGACAAUACCAGACAAACAAUAUACUAUUUUACUA